AUGAAUGGAAUGGCAUAUAAAACUUUUCAAUACUAUUCUUAUAAGGACUUAAAAUCAUUGUAAGAUAUUCUGAAAAUUGAUUCAAUUGGAUUUGUAAAUAUUGAUGAAGAUGAAUAAAUUAUUGAAUAUGAAAUUGAUCGAUCCAAAUGUUUAAAAUUAAGCGAUCUCAUUUUAAUGAUUAACCAAGGGUUUUUUGAAAUUUAUUUAGGACAACUAUUAGGCUUAUUUCUUGAUCUGUUAAGAAAAGUGAUAUCAUUAAAAAAUUAACAUAGCAUUGAUCAUUAAUAUCUUGAUGAAAAUAGAAUUUGGUUGGUAUUCCAAGACUCAAAUAAAUGUAUAAAUUUUGAUUACUAAAAAAUUGAAUACAAAAUUGUAUUUACAGGAUAUCAAUGUUAACUAUACGAGGAAAGUUCAGAAAUAAAAAUACCUGCAGAAUAGAAAGUAUAAAGGAUUAUUAAGGAUAUAUUAAUUAAUUUCAAGAAUAAAAAUACUUUUAUUAAUUCUUCUGAAAAAGAUAAAAUCAUUAAAUUCAUUUAUGAUCCAAUCAUUUAAGAAUGUGAUAAAAUGAAUAUUUAAAACACUCUAAAUUUAAUUCUAGAGAUUUUAAAUAAAUUUAAGUUCAACAGUGAAGAAUAGACUAUUGCAAUAGAUCAAGCCAAAAUUAAAAUUGACAAAACAAAUUUAUAUUUCGUACAAAAUAGUUUUAAGGAUUUCAUUGAAAAUUUAAAAGGAGAGAGUUCAUUUAUUUUAGAAACUUUCCUAUUUUUUCAGUUAAAAUCAUUUACAAAUAUGCUUGAUAGAAAGGUUAGUGGAUUUCUUAAAGCUGGUAAAAAGGAAAUUGAAAAAGGAUUGUAGAUGAUGAAAUAAUUCUAUGAGAAAUAUUAAUGCUCCUUUGAGAAGAAUAUAUAAAGUAUUAUUUAAACAUAAUUUGAAAAUAUUUUAAAGUAAUAAUUGGAAAAUUAUAAAUUUGAGAUUUCUGAAGAGGAAAAAUUAGAAUUAAUUACAAGCAUAUCAAAUAGAAUUUUGAAUAUGAAAUUGAAUAAAUACGUUUAUAAUUCACCACAUUAUUUUAUAAAAGCAGAUACAAAAUAAAUUUUAGAAUAUCAAAUUAAUUUAUUUUCUACAUUAUCAGAAAGUAUAAUUAAAGAAGAAGUGGAACUAUUAAUUGAUUUAAAAAUAUUAUAGUUGAUUAAUGAAUUGAUUUGA